AUGAACCUCGCCAGCGCCCUCACCGACGGUUUCGCCGAGCGCUCCAACCUCGACCGGGACACCAUCAACCUCGGGAACCAGCUCCUAUUCCUGGACACUGUCGUGUUGGAAAUCCCAAUUGAUAUUGACUUAAGCAACCUCUGUGUGCAUCAGCUCGGUCCCAGAAAGUGGAUCUCCUCCCAAAUCCUCUUCUUCGGCCUAGUUGGAACCCUGCAAAUCCUCAUUACCAACCGAGCGGACUAUCUUGCCUCUAGGCUAUGUCUGGGUCUUGCCGAGUCGGGAUAUAUCCCGAGAAGUAUCUACACCAUCUCUACUUGGUACACCUCCCGCAAACGCACACGUCGAGUAGCCGUCUUUUUUAUUGGCAUGUUUGGCGGGAAUGCUCUCUCCCCUCUAUUGGCGUCUGGGAUUUUGAAGCUGAGUUGUCGUCAUGGGUUGAGAGAUUGGCAGUGGCUUUUUUUGGACGGGCUGUUUACGUUUUUGUGUGAGAGGGUUGUUCUUUUUCUUGUUGCCUGGGUCACCUGGGAGACGAAGCCGUUGGUUGGGAGGGGUCUGGUGGUAUUUAGUGAGAAAGAUCGGGAAAUCCUGCAGGACAGGUUGGUGAGGGAUGGUGAUGGGUUGGAUUUGACAGAUGGGAAGCCCAAGAGCCAUAUACCGCUAGCUGUGGUGUGGAAGACGGUGAAGCAUUGGAGGAGGUGGCUGCAUUUCGUGUCGACGUUUUGUAUCUUUUCGACUUGGUCACCGUUGACGACGUGUACGCCGUCUAUUAUCAUGUGA